UUGUACGCACAUAUAUACGCUUUUUUAAUUUCUAUUGAUGGUGGGAUAAAGGGACAAAAUGAAGUUUCAAAUAUUACUUGUAUCAUUACUCAGCACUGCAUUCAGUCUACAACUUGAAGAAACGACUGAACAGGCUGUUGACUUCACAACAACAUAUCAAUCCCUGACUGAUUCAACAGCAACAGCAGCAGUUAAAGCAGCAACAGCACCAGAGUGCUUUAGGCAGGAGAAGCUUGAUAGAUUACUUUCUGCAAUCGAGACAUUAGGACAGUUCGCUAAAUAUGAACAGGAUUUGGUUAAAUUCGAGAAAAGGAUGAACAAAAUGGCGAAGGCCUUGAAAAAACUAAACCUGGAGGAGAACGAAGAAGGAGAUUUUGUAGAACCAACAACUACAACAACCACAACAACAACGACCACAACUACAACAACAACAACCACCACUACAACUACCACAACAACCACAACAACAGCUGAUAACGGUCCUUGUCACGAUGGUUGGUUAUAUAUUGGAAAGAACUGUUAUCAGAUAGUUACGGACAGUGCGACAAGCUGGGAAGAGGGACGCCAGCAAUGUCUACUACAAGGAGCGGAUCUAGCAGAAAUGAAUGAUAUUGAAGAACAAGAACAAUUUACAAAUUACAUCAAUGAAUGGCGUAAGUUUUUUUUGAACAUUUUAUUUUCGGAA